AUGUUCUACAAUGCUCUCAUCCGAACCCACCACAUCACCUCUCGCAAGAAGGUUUCCGCCCUGAGACGUGCGGCGGACAUGCACAAUUGCUUUGUGCUUCUCCGCUCCGGAGGAUGUCCGGGAAUUAUGUAUGUGGAAGCAAGAGAGAAAGACGCUGUGGAGUCGUGGGUAAAUAUCGUGCGGAAUCUGAGGUAUAAGGAUUUUCAGUUGGUUGUUCGGCCGGGACUUUUGGAAGAGGAAGCCCAGCCAGGCGAGGCUGGAAAACGACAGGGCCCUAACAGAAGUGAGAGGCAAAGGCCCGGAGUUGCUGAAGUUGAGACGGUCAAGGAGUUUGGGAGUCUCAUGGAGCAGCGGGGAGUUUGGAAGUGGUGGAGAAAGGGGAUGGGCUACAUGAGCUGA